CAUUAAGGUUAGAAGUUCUCAACAACAACAAAAACACGUGUCAAAUAAUUUUGGUGACAAAUACUAGUUUAAUAGAUUAAUUACCAAUGGACUCUGAGGAGGAAAUGCAGACUGAGGAGCAGAAUGAGGAGAAAGUUGUCGCUUUCCACGAAUUCGGAUUGGAUGACAGAAUCCUAAAGGCAAUAGCCAAGUUGGGAUGGCUGGAACCGACUCCAAUCCAAGAAAAGACAAUUCCUCUUCUCCUGGAGGGAAAAGACGUAUUAAUCCGGGCGAGGACAGGUUCAGGCAAGACAGGAGCCUUCGCGAUUCCCCUGAUCCAAAAGAUCCUUUCCACCAAGGCUCAGCAAACGAGACAAGAGACGAAGGCAUUGAUCCUGGCCCCUAGCAAAGAGCUCUGCAAGCAGAUUCACCAGGUCUUCACAGACCUGACGACAAAGUGCUCUCGAGAAGUGACGGUCGUGGAAGUGAGUGGACAAAUUGAGUUGUCCGUGCAGAAGCCAAUUCUCGCUCAUAAUCCAGAGAUAAUUGUGGGCACCCCAGGGAGAGUUCUCCAGCACAUCAAAGCGGGGCAUAUGGAUCUGAAGAAGAGUCUGGAGACGUUGAUAAUCGACGAGGCGGAUUUAGUCUUCUCUUUUGGCUACGAGGACGAGCUCAAAAAGGUCCUGGCUCAUCUUCCCACUAUUUAUCAGGCUGCGCUGGCCUCUGCCACCCUCUCGGAGGAUGUUCUCACUCUAAAAAAACUUGUCCUGCAUAAUCCAGCGACUUUGAAGCUCCAGGAAGCGCCUUUGGCACCUCCAUCACAAUUGGCCCACUAUAGUCUUGCUGCUGAGGAGAACGACAAAUCUGCCAUUCUCUAUUCUUUAAUUAAACUUCAUCUAAUCAGGGGGAAGACCAUCAUCUUCGUUAACACUGUGGACAGAUGCUACAAACUCAAACUCUUUCUGGAGCAAUUUGGAAUUCCAACUUGUGUGUUAAACUCUGAAUUACCUGCCUCAUCGAGGUGCAGGGCUGUUACUCAGUUUAAUUCUGGGACGUACGAUAUUAUUAUUGCUUCUGAUGAAAAAGCGCUGGACGAGCCUCACGUUGUUAAAGAGAAGAAGGGCAAGAGGAGAAAGGACAAAGAGAGUGGCGUUGCAAGGGGAAUUGAUUUCCAGUUUGUCUCCAAUGUUGUUAAUUUUGAUUUUCCACUGGAUGUUGAUUCUUAUGUGCACAGAGUAGGAAGGACUGCCAGGGGGAAGAAUCAGGGAACUGCUCUCAGUCUUAUUUCGAUUAGGGAGAGGGAAUUGAUGGCGAAGGUGGAGGAGUCGCUUAAGAAAAGUUAUGGCAGGAGCAGCUUGUUUCAGACUUAUCAAUUUAAGCUCGAAGAGGUUGAGGGAUUCAGAUAUCGAGCGAAAGAUGCUUGGAAAGCAGUAACGAGGAUAGCAGUGAGAGAAGCCAGAUUAAAAGAGAUAAAACAAGAGCUCCUGAACUGUGACAAACUGAAAAGCUACUUCGAUGACAAUCCCAGGGACUUGCAAACACUCAGACAGGACAAAGCUCUUCACACUGUUAAAAUCCAGCCGCACUUGAAGGAUGUGCCGGAUUACAUAGUUCCACCGUCUCUGAAGAGGCUCAUGGGUUUCGGGAAGAGAAAACGAAAGUUUAACCGAGAUGCAGCGGUCUCAGGAGCCACCGCAACUAAAUCUAAGCAUCAGGCCAGAGCCUCAAACCCUCUGAUGAGUCUCACUGUCCAGAACAAGAUGAGGAAAUAAAACGAAUUAAAGGCACUAUGAUUUUUUUAAUUAAUGUAAAAUGAAUUUAGAGUAAAAAAUAGUAUUCUCUCA